AUGGCGUCCUUCCUCGCACGCCCGUGGCUGCGGGCCCGCCACGCCGCCGUUGAUAUCUUGCUGGAGGUGAAGCGGCACGUGCGCUACGACGCGGCCCAGGUGCUCGUGACGGUGUGUAUGUGCAAGGAGGUCGGCGACGACGGUGGUGCGACGGGUGGUGACGACGAGACCGAGUGCAGCGUCUGUUUGAUCCCGCGGCCGCGCGUGGUGCUGCCGGCAGCGUGCACGCUUUCUACCGCGGCUGCAUCUCCGAGAUUAAAGCUUGAUGCAAACAUACUUGAUGUGUUUGUCCCCAGGGUGCAGCAAACAUUUGAUACAAAAGAAGAAGCCUACCUCUUUUACCUUGACUAUGCAAAGUUGGCUGGUUUUAGUGUCAGGACAAAAAGGACUAGUAAAGAAACCACACACUGGGUUUGCAACCGUGAGGGGUUUCUGAAGCCAGGUCAAGAGAAUGAGGAGCCUAUGACAAAUAAGACAUCGAUGAGAAUUGGUUGCCCUGCUUAUGUGAAGGUGAAGGAGGACAAGAAGCGCAAUAUUUGGUAUUUUCAUCAUGUUCAGGAAGCACACAAUCACAAACUUGAACCCUCACCAAGGAUGGUGAGAUAUAUGCAUUCUCAUAAGCAGAGGGAGGCAGCGUUGGAUGACCUGUUUGCAAUCAUGUCAAAGAGUGGUGUGCCAACACAGGCAGCAAUGAAUGAAAUGUCAGAAUUAUUUGGAGGCCGUCAAAACUGGCCGUUCACAGAGAAAGAUGUCCAUAACAAGAAAGCUGAGCAAGCAAGGGAGGAGAGGGAUGGUGACAUGGAUAAACUGUUCCAAUUUUUCAGGGAGUGCAAAGAACACAAUGAAUACUUUUACUGGGAUCAACCUUUUGUGAUUCUUACAGAUGAAAAUGCAGCGAUGAAGGAAGCAAUAAGGAUUGUGUUUAACAAGACACAACACCGAAAUUGCCGAUGGCACAUAACCAGAACAUGGGAUUACGAACUCGAGGAGCUGUACAAAUUGCACAAUGAUAAUAAUCUAAAGGAGAAACUGCAGUCCCUGAUAAACUAUCCUCUGGGGCCCACACAAUUUGAGGUGGAGUGGAAUAAGCUGGUGGAUGAAUGUGGCAUAAGAGAACACCCUGCAAUUGUUGCAUUGUGGCAGAAAAGGAAGAGAUGGAUAGCAACAUAUUUCAAAGGCAUGUACUGUGGGCGAAUGACUUCCACCCAGAGAUCUGAGAGUCAAAACAGGGUUUUGAAAGAUGGUUAUGUUAACAAUGUGACAAGUCUGCAUAUAUUUGCAAAGAGGGUGCUUGACUCGAUUCAGCACACAGACCACAUGGAUGCUGGGAAGUCACACUACUCACAGACUGAAGUUGUCAGAGCCUGCAAAUCAAGAUUUGAUGAGCAACUCAGCAGGGUGUACACCAGGGUUGUGUACAAUGAAUACAAGAGGGAAUAUAUUAACAGCACAGCUUUUGUGAUAGAGCCUGAUCCGGGAGUGGAAUGCGGUUACUUGGUGAAACAUGAGAAAGGCGAUGGGACAUUUUGCUGGGCACAACACGCAUUCAAGGUGGUGGCUGACAAAGCAGCAGGCGUGUAUAAAUGCGAAUGCAUGCAGUGGGAGCAUACAGGUCUGUUCUGCAUGCACAUAAUAAAGGCAUUCACCCACCUCCAAGUCCAAAACAUACCUGAAAAGUACAUUCUGAAGCGAUAUACACGUAAUGCAAGAUUUGUGGUUCCGUGGGACCGGCACGAUGUGAGUGUUGGUGGUCAAAAUGAGACAGAGCAGUCAAGGUUGUCGAAGCUGCUGCCAAAGUUAAUGCGACUGGGAAGAGCGGGAAGCAAAUCUGAUAGAGCAUACACUGAAACUAUCAGGCACAUCGACAUGAUAACUCCUGGGAUUGAGCUUCUACGAACAGCGGAGAUUGGUCCGAUUGGUCCGGACGAAGCAACAAAUACUGAGUUGCAGCAAGAUGCAGAAGGACGGCGGAAUAUUGGUCCCAUUGCACCAACACAACAAAGUUCUGACAACAAUAUAGAACCUGUUGUGAUGCCAACUGGACCUACACCACCACCGGAAUUGGGCCUGAAUCCAGAUUCUGCAAACUGCCUCACUGAUCUAAGAUUGACUGAACCGCCAGUGUCGCGCACGAAGGGUAGGAAGUCUGCCAGUGGGGCUAAAUGUGCUAAAAAUAGUGUGAAACCUGCUAAUCCAUACAGCACAUAUAGUGGUGGUCAGGGCAUAAGAGAGUGCCAAACCUGCCAUGUUAGGGGGCACUAUAGCACAACAUGCCCUCAGAACCCAAACAGAAGCAGAGCGGCCGAGAACAAGGACAAAAAGAGAAGGCUCCACCUCGCCGGUGGGUACAAAACACAAACAUAUACAUUGGUUGCAACUGCAAUGGCUGGGAUUUUUCAAACAAAAUUGGAAACUGCAGUUUAG